ACUAUUGUCAUGGCAUUUGGUGCUAUUGUUAUAGUACUAUUGUUUAGACAUGUGGUACUAUGAUGAAAAAUAAGAAUAGGUUUUACCCUUUCUGGCGAUAAAACAGGUGUCAAGAUGUUCAAACACCAAAUAGAUACUCUUUAUAUCGUCAGCAUUGAUUAUUAUUCGAGUUAUGACCGUGGCUUUUUAGCCAAUGACCCCCUCAUUGCCCUGAACUCUGACCAAGGGCCAGGCCAGGCGAGGCCUCGAUGCGUUGCCACCGGCAACCACGGGAGGGACGCGGGGGAGGGGUGGCCACGCGGGACCGGAGCGACGCCGCUGAUUGGGCGCUCGUUGGCCCUGGCAACGCGAGGCGUCGUUGAGGCUCGGGGGUGGACCCCAACCACCACCACGACCACCACGACGACGACCCUCAGAGGUUGCGGGGGCAUCGCGGACAUGCAGACUCUUGAGGGCCAAGUGGACAACACGGCCGUCAAACUCCUUCCCCAGCUGCCACAGGUUCGCACGAAGCCUAUGUGGCAAGAUUCGGCUCCGUCCUUUCAGCUGCCCGACGAUGCUGCAGCUGCUGCUGCUGUGUGCGGUAAGAAUGGACGUCUGGAGCAUGCAGACUCGGGGAGGCUUGGGACUUUCCGCGAGGGUCAGGACUGGGUCCUCUCGCCGGCAUCUGGCAGCAGCAGGAGACGCAUACGCCAAGGCAAACAGGAAAAGCUGCGCUUAAUCUCUUCCCAGUCACGUGACAACCGAGAACGCUUCCGCACCACCCUCGUCAAAAUCCUCACAAAUCAAGACAACGUUCUACCCGGGCAGCUGGGCCAGGACACACCUCCAUCUCCCUCACCUCAUUCUGCAGAGAGAGAUGCAAUGCGCUAUCACUACUACAUCCAGCACGGCAUCCACACGGAGAAUGUCGCGUCCAUGGAGGAGGAGUGGCUGCAGCACGUCCUGGCAUUGGUGCCUCAGACCCUGCGCUCCCAUCCAUCCCACCUCGCCACAAUCCACGGCCUCUCUCAAGAGAUGAGGGACGACUACCUCGUCAGCGUCAAGAAGGCCAUAGUUGACUUUGUGUUGCAAGAUCCCAAGAACAAGGAUUUGAAGAAGAGGGAAGACCUCCCUCCACACAGAGAAGAGCUGGCUGUGCUGCCAAAGCCAUGGAGAGAGAGAUUCUUUGCAACUCGGCGUCGGCUGCAGGAGGAGCUGCACUCCAUCAACCCUGCAAUGCUGGCUGUGUUGCAGCUCUGGCACAACACAUAUUGUGACCUACGUCUUGUGAAUGUAGAGGAGAUACGUGGUGGCACAGCUGCUCUGGAGCUGUCAUCCUUCCAGAAAGUGGUCAUGAGGCAUGUAGACCUGGCCAAGGAGACCCUUCUUAGCAAGUGGCUUUCAGAAAUACAGACCAUCUACUACCAAAGCAACAAGAAGAAACUUGUUCCUAAAUUGACAAACGUCACCAGACUGGCAUCGUAUUUUAACUGUGCUGCCGCUCUGAUGACAUCUCUAUUACAGAAGCUAGCUCUCAAUUCUAUCUAUGACUAUACUGAUCUCAUCUGCUCUACCCAGACAGGCACCGUCAAGCACCCAGGGUUUGUACUCAGGCUGAUAUUGUCCAAGGAUACCAUCAAGUUUGAACCAGACUUCAAGGACUUCCAAGUCGUUCUGCUGAAUGUGUUCGAUGUCAUGAUGAAGACCCUCGCUACAGUUCCCAGGGUGGAAACGAAACUCUACUCAGAUUGGCCCAUGGACAAGGCUCAUACUCACCUGCAACCCGUGGUGCUGCGGGAAGUCCUGGAAGAGCUGCAGAGCCACGUACGCGCCGAGAUUAUACAGCAGAGCCUGCUGCCCAGGGAGCACCUGCGCCACUACGAGCCAUUUGAGGGCCUGGUCGGCGGGCAGGCGGAGCGCGACGUGGAGCGAUUCUUGAGCGAGGAGCACACCUUCUCCGAGCACGAGCAGCUCGUCUCUCACUACCGCGAGCUCUCCCACUCCAUCCUCUACUCCUCGCAGCUGGUGGUGCGCCUGGGAAUGUUUGAGCUGCACUGUGACGAGCUCGUCGCCGCUUUAGCCAAGCGAGCGGAAAACCUUGGCAGUCGUUUGCUGGGACGAAUGAGUCAGGAGCAUCAGAAAUUCAUCCAGAGAUUGUGUGAGGAAUUUGAAUCGAUUGCUGAAAAGGCCUUGUCCACCCCCAUAAACACAAAGGCACUUAUGGAGCUUAAAGAGUACAUCCAGAAGGUGGAGGUCCAGGAGAUGUCCCAGCUGCAGGUGAAACUGAAUGAGGCCAAGGAUCAUCUGCUGUUCCUCUUGGACCACGCCAGCCUCUCCCCAUCAGAAAUGCGGCACAACAACACCGCAUUUCAGUGGUGCGGCCGCAUGCCGGGCAUAUUUACAGAGCACCGGCGCAUAUUGACCGAAAAGACCGAACAGUACCAGGAAAGUCUCAAGUUUCGACGUAGAAGAUUUGAGGAAGAUUUGGAAGCAUACGCCAAACAGGCUGAAGAAUUUAGUACUCUGGGUGACCUCGCGGAUGUCAAUAAAUAUUUGAAGAAGGCGCAGGUGCUGCACACAAAACUGGAGGCUGCUACAGAAAUGAUUGAAAGCUUCAAUGCAGAGGAGGAGGCGUUUGCAUGGCCAACAUCUCAGUACCCGCAAAAGAAGAAAAUCCAAGAUGUGCUGAUGCCAUACCUGAGGCUGUAUGAGAUGGCCGUGGAGUUCACGUCCAAGCACAAGGCCUGGAUGGAGGGCCCGCUGGCCGAUGUCAACCCCGACGUGGUGGAGCAGGACGUGGGCAACUACUGGCGUGGCCUCUACAAACUGGAGCGGAGUCUGCAGGCUUCGCCUCAGGCUCUGCUCAUUCAACAGCAGCUCAAGAGUAACGUUGAAGCGUUCCGCACACACCUGCCCAUGGCGCAGGUUCUGUGUAAUCCGGGCCUACGUGGCCGCCACUGGGAUGCACUCUCGGAGGUCGUGGGCUUUCCGCUGCUCACGCAGGAGCAAGUUUGCCUGGAGAAAUUCCUGGAGAUGAACCUGGAGUCAUUCCUCUCCAAGUUCAAUGACAUCAGCGACACGGCUAGCAAGGAGUACUCGCUGGAGAAGGCGCUGGAGAAGAUGGUUCGAGAGUGGGACGAGAUGCAGUUCACACUCAUCGUCUACCGCGACUCUGGAACGAGCAUCCUCUCCGCUGUGGAUGACAUCCAGAUGCUCUUAGAUGACCACAUCGUCAAGACGCAAACCAUGAGGGGGUCUCCAUUCAUCAAACCAUUUGAAAGUGACAUGAAGGAGUGGGAGAGGAAGCUGCUGCUACUGCAGGAGAUCCUGGAUGAGUGGCUCAAGGUACAGGCCACUUGGCUGUACCUGGAGCCCAUCUUCAGCUCGCCCGACAUCAUGGCCCAGAUGCCUGAGGAGGGCCGCAGGUUCACCACCGUGGACAAAACCUGGAGGGACCUCAUCAAGCAAACAUUGACGGACACGCACGUGCUGGCGGUGGUGUCCAUUGACAAGAUGCUUGAGAGACUCCAGAAGUCCACCGAGCUUUUGGAGCUCAUUCUCAAGGGACUCAACGACUACCUGGAGAAAAAGCGCCUCUUUUUCCCCAGGUUCUUCUUUCUCUCGAAUGACGAGCUUCUGGAAAUCCUUUCUGAGACUAAAGAUCCAACCCGAGUCCAGCCACAUCUGAAGAAGUGCUUUGAAGGCAUCUCCCGAGUGGAGUUCACUGAGGCCCUGGACAUUACUCACAUGAAGAGCAGUGAGGGAGAGGUGGUGCAGCUCAUUGAAACCAUCUCCACCUCCAAAGCACGGGGACAGGUGGAGAAGUGGCUUCUGGAGCUCGAGGCAGUCAUGAUCCGCUCUGUGCACAACGUGAUUGGCGAAGCGAUGGAGGCGUACCCCAGUACCCCACGUGCCGAGUGGGUGCGUGCGUGGCCCGGGCAGACGGUGCUGUGCGUCUCCCAGGCGUUCUGGACCUCCGAGGUGCACGAAGCCAUCAGGGGCGGGCAGCAGGUGCUGGAGCGGUACCUGGCCCAGUGCAACGGGCAGAUCGACGAGGUGGUGGGCCUGGUGCGCGGGCAGCUCUCCCAGCAGAGCCGCGUGACGCUGGGCGCCCUCGUUGUGCUGGACGUCCACGCGCGCGACGUACUCGUCGCGCUGCUCAAGGGCGGCAUCGCUCACGACAGCGACUUCCAGUGGCUGAGCCAGCUGCGCUACUACUGGGAGGACGGACACUUGCAGACGCGCAUGAUCAAUGCUGGUUUGCCUUACGGCUACGAGUACCUGGGGAACACGCCUCGCCUGGUCAUCACGCCCCUCACUGACCGCUGCUAUAGAACUCUGUUUGGAGCUCUCAACCUGCACCUCGGAGGUGCCCCAGAGGGCCCGGCUGGGACGGGAAAAACGGAGACAACCAAGGACCUCGCUAAGGCUGUGGCCAAGCAGUGCGUAGUCUUCAACUGCUCCGACGGACUCGAUUACAUCGCCCUGGGAAAGUUCUUCAAGGGAUUGUUGUCGUGCGGCGCGUGGGCCUGCUUCGACGAGUUCAACCGCAUCGACCUCGAGGUGCUGUCCGUGGUGGCUCAGCAGAUCCUGACCAUCCAGAGAGGCAUCAACACGGGGUCGGACACGCUGAUGUUUGAGGGGACAGAGUUGAAGCUGAACCCCACCUGCGCCGUCUUCAUCACCAUGAACCCGGGCUACGCUGGCCGCUCUGAGCUGCCUGACAAUCUGAAGGCGCUGUUCCGCACCGUGGCCAUGAUGGUGCCAGACUACGCCAUGAUCGCGGAGAUCAUGCUCUACUCCUUCGGCUUCGUGAGCGCGCGGCCGCUGUCGGUGAAGAUCGUCGCCACCUACCGCCUCUGCUCAGAGCAGUUGUCGUCGCAGCACCACUACGACUACGGCAUGCGCGCCGUCAAGUCGGUGCUCACUGCCGCUGGGAACCUCAAGCUGAAGUAUCCGAGUGAAAACGAGGACAUCCUGAUGCUGCGUUCUAUCGUUGAUGUCAACCUACCAAAGUUUCUGGCCCACGACCUCCCUCUAUUUGAGGGCAUUACAUCUGAUCUAUUUCCUGGUGUCAAGCUACCAAAGCCAGACUAUGUGGUCUUGCUGGAAGCCAUCAAGGAAAACUGUGAGAAGAUGAACCUGCAGAUGACGGAUUUUUUUGCCGAGAAAAUCUUGCAAAUUUAUGAGAUGAUGAUCGUCCGUCACGGCUUCAUGAUUGUCGGCGAGCCAUUUGGAGGAAAAACAUGCGCUUACCGUGUUCUGGCUGCGGCCUUGGGAGAUAUCUGUGAAAAGGCAUUGAUGGCAGAGAACAAAGUGCAGAUCACAGUUCUCAAUCCUAAGGCGAUCACCAUGGGGCAGCUGUACGGGCAGUUUGACGCCAUCUCCCACGAGUGGUCCGAUGGUGUCUUGGCCGUCAGCUACCGAGCCUUCGCCACAUCUACUAGCCCAGACAGGAAGUGGCUGGUGUUCGAUGGACCCGUCGACGCCGUGUGGAUUGAGAACAUGAACACGGUGCUGGAUGACAACAAGAAGCUGUGUCUCAUGAGCGGAGAGAUCAUCCAGCUGGCAUCAACCACCAACCUCAUAUUUGAACCAAUGGACCUCGAAGUAGCGUCGCCCGCGACCGUGUCCCGCUGUGGCAUGAUUUACAUGGAGCCCCACAUCCUGGGCUGGAGGCCUCUGCUCACCUCCUGGCUGAAUGCCAGGCCGCCACCGCUAAGCGCCCCACACAAGGCCCUCAUCUGCGCUCUCUUCGAGCGCUUGGUCCCCUGCUGCUUACAGUUUGUGCGGAAAUCCACAAAGGAGCUCUCCCCAACGUCAGAUACAAACCUGGUUUGUUCGCUUAUGAAUCUCAUGGACUGUCAGAUGGAUGACUUUCAUGAUGAGACCAAGAUAAAGGCCAUGGAUGACCGAGAUGUCUCUGCUUGGAUUGAGGGCAUUUUCCUGUUCUCCCUCGUGUGGUCCGUGGGGGCGAGCUGCUCCACGCACGGACAGGUGCUGUUUGACCAGCUGCUGCGCGAGCUUAUGUCAGGACCGCUGAGCGCUGACACCAGCAAGCGCUUCCACCUCUCAGAGAAUGUGGAGCCACCGGCAGAGCCCUUCAGCGUCCCGUUCCCCGCAGCCGGCUCCGUCUACGAGUACCGCUUCAUCCAGGAGGGCAAGGGACGGUGGGAAUUGUGGACUGAAGCCCUGAGCUUAGCUCCACCGAUCCCACGAGAUAUGAACUUCAACGACAUCAUCGUGCCCACCCUCGACACCAUCCGCUUCACUGCGCUCAUGGAGAUGCUGGUGACGCACCAGAAGCCGGUCCUCUUCGUCGGUCCGACCGGUACCGGGAAAAGUGUUUACAUAACCAAUUUCUUGCUCAAGCAUUUGGACAAGAACACGUACAAGCCCUUGACUAUCAACUUCUCAGCUCAGACAACCGCCGCCCAGACGCAGAACAUAAUCAUGGGAAAACUGGACCGGCGCCGCAAAGGAGUCUAUGGCCCGGCACAGGGCAAGCGAAUGGUUUUGUUUGUGGAUGAUGUGAACAUGCCAGCAAGAGAGGAAUACGGAGCACAGCCACCUGUUGAGCUCCUGCGCCAGUGGUUGGACCACUCCAACUGGUACGACCUCAAGGACUGCUCCAUGAUCAAACUGGAAAACGUCCAAAUCCUCGGGGCAAUGGGACCACCAGGAGGAGGACGCAACGCAGUGACGGCGCGCUUCCUCCGACACUUCAACACCGUGACCAUCAACGAGUUUGACGAUAAAUCCAUGUUUACUAUUUUCUCCCGCAUAAUGGGUUGGCAUUUUACAGCAAGGUUUGCAUUUCCCACGGACUUUUCAGUUCUGACGGAGCAGCUCGUCCAGAGCACCAUGGAGGUGUACAAAGCCGCGACGCAAAAUCUGCUGCCCACUCCAACCAAGUCACACUACCUGUUCAACCUGCGGGACUUCUCGCGCGUCAUUCAGGGCGUGUGCCUCUCGCUGCCCGAGACCUGUCCGGUGGCAGCGUCCAUCCAGCGCCUCUGGGUGCAUGAGGUGCUGCGUGUGUUUUACGACCGCCUGGUGGACGAUGCAGACAGAACGUGGCUGGUGGCCUUCAUUCGGAAAACCAUCCACACGUACAUGAAGGAGGACUUCACCCAGCUGUUCCAGCACCUGGACUCAAACGGCGAUGGGCAGGUCGAAGACGACGACCUGCGCAGCCUAAUGUUCUGCGACUUCAGCGACAGCAAAGACGACGCCAAGAGGUACGUCGAAGUGUCCGACGUGGAGCGGCUUCGCCUGGUGGUGGAAGGGCACCUGGAGGAGUUUAACAACCUCAGCAAGAAGCCGAUGAACCUGGUGCUCUUCCGCUUCGCCAUCGAGCACGUGUGCCGGAUAUCCCGCAUAUUGAAGCAGCCCCGGAGCCACGCCCUCCUGGUGGGCGUCGGGGGCAGUGGGCGGCAGUCGCUGACGCGUCUUGCGGCGCACAUGGCGGACUGCGAGCUCUUCCAGGUGGAGAUCAGCAAGGGCUACGCCACUAACGAGUGGCGCGAGGACCUCAAGCGCAUUCUGCGCCGAUCCACAGACGGAGAGCAGAACGGCGUCUUCCUGUUCACGGACACGCAGAUCAAGCAGGAGUCAUUCCUGGAGGAUAUUAACAACCUGCUGAAUUCUGGGGAGAUUCCAAACCUGUUUGCGCCGGAUGAAAAGCAGGAGAUCUGCGAGAAGAUGCGCCAGAUCGACCGGCAGCGGGAUAAAGACAAGCAGACGGACGGGAGCCCCUUGGCUCUGCUCAACAUGUUUGUGGACCGCUGCCGAGACCAGCUGCAUGUAGUGCUGGCCAUGAGUCCAAUCGGCGACGCCUUCCGCAACCGCCUGAGGAAGUUUCCUUCGCUCGUCAACUGCUGCACCAUCGACUGGUUCCAGAGCUGGCCAGGAGACGCGCUGCAGGCAGUGGCGACACGCUACCUGGAGGAUGUGGAGGUGAGCGAGGAGACGCUGGCCAGCUGCAUCGACAUGUGCAAACUUUUUCACACGUCAACCAUCGCCCUGUCGCAGAAGUUCCAGGCCGAGCAGCAGCGCUACAAUUACGUUACCCCGACGUCGUACCUGGAGCUCAUCUCCACCUUCAAAGACCUCCUGGAGAAAAAGCGAUUGGAGGUGAUGCGCAUGAAGCGCCGCUACGAAGUGGGGCUGGAGAAGCUGGAAUCGGCCACGUCACAGGUCGCCGGGAUGCAGGCCGAGCUCGCCGCACUGCAGCCGCAGCUGCUCGAGGCGGGCAUCCAGGUGGUGAAUACGAUGGCGGUGAUCGAGCGCGAGUCCGAGGAGGUGUCGCGCACCGAGCGCGUCGUCAAGGCCGACGAGGCCGUCGCCAACGAACAGGCCAUGGCGGCCAAGGUCAUCAAGGAUGAGUGCGACGCCGACCUGGCCGAGGCCUUGCCCAUCUUGCGGUCAGCCCUCGCGGCCCUAGACACGCUCACGCAACAGGACAUCACGGUGGUGAAGACCAUGAAGAGCCCCCCGGCCGGCGUGAAGCUGGUCAUGGAGGCCAUCAGCAUCCUGAAGGGCGUCAAGCCGGACCGAGUGCCUGACCCCUCUGGCUCCGGCAGGAUGGUGGAGGACUUAUGGGGGCCGGCCAAGAGGCUGCUGGGGGACAUGAAGUUUCUGCAGUCCCUGCACGAUUUCGACAAGGACAAUAUCCCUGUCGCCAUCAUGAAGACCAUCCGCGCCAAGUACAUCACCAACCUGGAGUUUGACCCGGACAAGAUCCGCAAUGCAUCCACCGCAGCCGAGGGGCUCUGCAAAUGGGUCAUCGCCAUGGAAUCCUACGACAAGGUAGCGAAAGUAGUAGCGCCAAAAAAAGUGAAGUUGAACCAAGCGGAGGCAGAGCUGGCGGUGGCCAUGGGCAGCCUGCGCAAGAAGCAGGAGGCCCUGCGUGAGGUGCAGGACAAGCUGGCUGGACUGCAGCAGACACUCGAGGCCAACAAACAGAAGAAGGCUGACUUGGAGAAUCAGGUUGACAUGUGCACCAAGAAGCUGGAUCGAGCGGAGCAGCUGAUUGGCGGCCUUGGCGGGGAGAGGUCUCGCUGGAUGGAGGCUGCUCGACUUCUGGGAAUCCGGUACAACGACCUCACCGGGGACACGCUCGUCUCAUCUGGGAUUGUGGCCUACCUCGGAGCCUUCAUCUCCAGCUUCCGACAGAGCCAGGUGGCGGAGUGGGUGGACCUGUGCCGGCUGAAAAAGAUCCCGUACUCAGUUGACUUCACGCUGUCGAAGACGCUGGGGGACCCGGUGAAGACCCGAGCGUGGACCAUCGCCGGCCUUCCCUCUGACAGCUUCUCCCUCGACAAUGGCAUCAUCAUCAGCAACGCACGUCGAUGGCCUCUAAUGAUCGACCCUCAGGGUCAGGCCAACAAGUGGGUGAAGAACAUGGAGAAGGCGAACAGCUUGCACGUGAUCAAGCUGAGUGACGCGGACUUUGUUCGCACGCUGGAAAACUGCAUUCAGUUUGGAACUCCCGUACUGUUGGAGGGCGUUGGUGAGGAGCUGGAUCCGAUACUGGAGCCGUUGCUCUUGAGGCAAACCUUCCGGCAGGGCGGAACGCUGUGCAUGCGUCUUGGAGACUCCACCAUCGAGUACUCACAAGACUUCCGCUUCUACAUCACGACGAAGCUCCGCAACCCCCACUACACACCCGAGACCUCUGUCAAGGUGACUCUGCUGAACUUCAUGAUCACCCCCGAGGGCAUGCAAGACCAACUCCUGGGCAUCGUCGUUGCGAAGGAACGCCCGGAUUUGGAAGAGGAAAAGCAAUCUCUUAUUCUUCAAAGUGCAGAAAAUAAGAGGCAACUGAAGGAAAUAGAAGACAAGAUUCUGGAGGUUCUGUCGACAUCGGAGGGAAACAUCUUGGAGGAUGAAACAGCCAUCAAGGUGCUGUCUUCCUCCAAGGUUUUAGCCAACGAGACUUCUGAGAAGCAGUCCAAAGCUGAGGAGACGGAGCGAAAGAUCGAUGCAGCGCGACUUGGCUACCGCCCCGUCGCGCUGCACUCCUCCAUCCUCUUCUUCUCCAUCGCCGACCUGGCCAGCAUCGAGCCUAUGUACCAGUACUCGCUCGGGUGGUUCAUCACCCUCUUCACCAUGUCCAUCCACAACUCGGAGAAGUCUGACAAUCUUGACACGCGGCUCCAGACACUGAAAGACCACUUCACCUACUCCUUGUACACAAACGUGUGCCGCUCUUUAUUUGAAAAGGAUAAGUUGCUGUUUUCUCUGAGCCUCACCAUCAACCUGCUGAGACACGAACAUCUGAUUGAUGAAGAGGAGUGGAGGUUCCUUCUCACUGGAGGAAUUGGCCUGGACAACCCAUUCUCCAGUCCGUGCGCCUGGCUGCCUGCCAAGGCGUGGGACGAGAUCUGCCGACUCGACGCUCUGCCCUCCUUCCAGGGCAUCCGCAAGGAAUUCAUGCGCCUCAAGGAUGGCUGGAAGGAUGUGUACGACAAACCUGAGCCUCACCACGCCAUGUUCCCUGGGGACUGGCAGGGCAAGCUGGGCCACUUCCAGCGCAUGCUGGUCAUCCGAUGUCUGCGGCCGGACAAGGUGAUCCCCAUGGUCCAGGAGUUCGUGACGUCGAACCUGGGCCGCGAGUUCAUUGAGCCUCCUCCAUUCGACCUGGCCAAGGCGUUCGCCGACAGCCACUGCUGCGCGCCGCUCCUCUUUGUGCUGUCGCCCGGCGCCGAUCCCAUGGCGGCUCUGCUCAAGUUUGCCGACGACCAGGGGUUUGGUGGUUCCAAGAUGAGCUCCCUGUCCCUGGGUCAAGGCCAGGGCCCGAUUGCCAAACGCAUGCUGGAGCAAGCGGUUAGGGACGGCUGCUGGGUGGUGCUGCAGAACUGUCAUCUGGCCACCUCCUGGAUGACCACACUGGACAGCAUCUGCGAGGAGCUGAAUCCAGAAACGACGCAUCCAGACUUCCGCUUGUGGCUGACAAGCUACCCCUCAGCUACCUUCCCUGUGGCCGUGCUACAAAACGGAGUCAAGAUGACAAAUGAGGCACCAAAGGGACUCCGCUCGAACAUCACCCGCUCCUACCUCAUGGACCCCAUCUCUGACCCAGACUUCUUCAACAGCUGCACCAAACCAGGAGAAUUCAAGAAACUGCUGUUUGGCCUCACAUUCUUCCACGCACUGGCGCAAGAAAGGAGAAAAUUUGGACCUCUGGGCUGGAACAAUCCUUACGAAUUUAACGAAACAGACUUGCGCAUCAGCGUGCAGCAACUCCACAUCUUCCUAUGCCAAUACGAGGAGACGCCGUUUGAAGCUCUGCGGUACAUGACGGGCGAGUGCAACUACGGAGGCCGUGUGACGGAUGAGUGGGACCGCCGCACACUGCGCACCAUCCUCAGCAAGUUCUACUGCGAGGACAUCGUUACGAACGAGCAGUACCAGUUUGACAGUAGCGGCCACUACUACGCUCCCCCGGAUGGCGAUUACGACAGCUACCUGGAGUACGCCAAAUCCCUCCCGAUCAACUCUGACCCAGAGGUGUUUAGCAUGAACGCCAAUGCCGACAUAACCAAGGACCAGGCCGAGACACAGCAGCUGUUUGACUGCAUCCUCCUCACCCAGUCACGGACGUCCAGUGGGGUUGGCAAGUCUUCGGAUACGGCGGUGUACGAAGUCACCGACGACAUUCUCGGCAAAUUGCCCAGCAGCUUUGACAUCGAGGCAUCGAUGCGUAAAUUCCCCACCACCUACAGCCAGAGCAUGAACACUGUGCUGGUGCAGGAGAUGGGCCGCUUCAAUGCUCUGUUGGGCACCAUUGCCACGUCCUGCGUCAAUAUCCAGAAGGCACUCAAGGGCCUGGUGGUAAUGUCUUCAGAGUUGGAGGAGGUUGUGAGCAGCAUUCUCAAAGGGAAGAUUCCUGGCCUGUGGAUGAAGAAAUCCUACCCGAGUCUUAAGCCACUUGGCAGUUACAUCAAUGACUUCCUGGCAAGAUUGAAAUUCCUUCAGGACUGGUACGACAAUGGCACACCCAACGUCUUCUGGGUGUCCGGUUUCUUCUUCACACAAGCGUUCUUGACAGGAGCUCAGCAGAACUUUUCCCGCAAAUACACCAUCCCCAUCGAUCUUCUCGGCUUCGAAUUUGAGGUUAUGGAUGACAAGACGUACAAACAAGCCCCUGACGACGGUGUGUACAUCCGAGGCCUCUUCCUAGAUGGAGCCAGAUGGGACCGUAGGACAAAGAAGCUUGCAGAAUCAUUCCCAAAGGUUCUCUAUGAUUCCAUGCCAGUGAUGUGGCUGAGACCUUGCAAAAAGGUGGACAUUCCCGAUAAGCCGUGCUACGUGGCUCCAGUUUAUAAAACGAGCGAGCGGAGAGGCACCCUGUCCACCACAGGGCACUCCACGAACUUUGUCAUUGCAAUGGCCUUGUCCAGUGACCUGCCGGAGUCUCACUGGAUCAGCCGCGGGGUAGCGCUCCUGUGCCAGCUCAGUAAUUAGGGCCUCAUCCCUACGCGCACAUACACACUGCGCAUGUGACACACGCACACUGUGCAUGUGAUACACACUGUGCAUGUGACACACUCACUGUGCAUGUGAUACACACACUGUGCAUGUGACACACUCGCACUGCAUGUGAUACACACACACACACUGUGCAUGUAACACACGCACACUGUGUAUGUGACAUUCUUAAUCGUAUGCCAACACGUUUACAUGUGUUGAUGUGCAACAGACGACGCAGACGCAGUUCUUUUGUAGGGGCGAAAUGCCAAGAUUUAUUAAGGGCUAAUGCCGGGAACUUAUAAGGGCUUACGCCUAACAGUUGGCAACUUAGAAUCUCGACAGGGGAAAGGGUACUGGGAGGUCCCUAGCGCCUCCCAGGCUAUUCGUGCUCUUCCCUCAGCACCGCCCGAGGGGUCAUCCAACUCGGUCAGCCGGGUGAAGUAGCCCCCCUAGCCUGGUACUCAAUCUCCCUACCCCGGGUCCCGACUCCUCAACUCCCUUCGAUCCUGGCCCCUCUCGACGAACCCCCCCUUACGUCACGGGUACCCCCUUAUAUCACCGCGUCAUGACGUCAUCCACUCUCUCUCCCAGAGUGACAUCCUGUCAUCCACUACUCGUCUACACAUGCGUGCACACGGAAACACCCACAAUCCCACUCUGCAGCCAGACGAGGCGAUUGUGAUGAUAACAUUGCUGGUACUUGAUUAUGUUAUAGCACAGACGAUGUACAGCUUUGCAUGAAGGGAUACAAACUAGAAACACUCCUACAUUGUGCAGAGAGGAUUUCAUGGCGUCACCCAAAUGGCAGAACCCACAGGAGGCUUAGGGUACAUAACUCCAACCAGAAUUACACACGCAUACGCAUUCAACACGAACACUGCACACGUGUACACAACCUAAGCUCUUACACACACAAUAACACAAGUUGUUCCAGCAGAACUUCAUUGUUUGAAAUUCGUUCCCACACAGGGUUUUAAUGUACCCGAGGCAGAGAAGGGUUUGUGUACACACGCCCGCAGCAUCCACGUCAAAGUGUCAUGCCUGGGAGUCCAGAUCUCACAGCUGCCAGCGUUAUUCACCAAAUACACAUCCACAAUAACCUUGUUGACAUGUUUAUUAAUUUCCCAUUGUGAUGCUGUAUUUCAGAUUUUUGUUAAUGUGUGUGAACAAAUAUUAAUUAAAUAUUUUGACCAAACCA